CGAGUUUCAUUUGACGAAGAACGGUACAUUUUGCGGAAUUCGUUAUUUACUUCUUUCAAAAAAACCAAAAAAAAAAAAAACAUAGCUACAAAUGAAAUUUAUGGUGAAUAAAAUGCAAAUGGAAUUAAAUCAAAAUCGAGGAAAAGUGAAACGAAUCUAAAUAUUUGAUAACCGAAAAAACCGGGCAAAAUAGCGUUUAAAGUUAGAAAUUCGCCAAAAUAAGUGAGGUGUUUGUGCAAAAUAAGUUUUCGGAAAAAUCCAUAACACAAAGAUAUUAAAAUAUUAUUGGUGUUUAGUGCUAAGCGUUGUCGCGUCUGGCCCUUUGCAUAUCCUGCAGUGCAUGCCAGAGGAAAAAGGAAUGUGAUUUUAAUGCGCUAAUUGCCAAAAAAGGAUGUAAAUAUCAUUGGCCGAAAUAAUUCGGAAUUUGUUUGCUUGGGCCACACUUUAAAAUCAAAAGGACAUUUUGCCACCUGGAAUUGCUGGAGGAAAAAGAAGAAGACAAUUUGCCAAUUCGGUCAUCAACUGAAAAAAAAAAAUAAACAAAGACUCGACUCAAAACAAAAUCAAAAAUAACACAGGAAACUAACAAGAUGUCCGACUCACAUUUGCUGGGGGUGUGAAUGAGCGAUUUAAUCCAUCAAAUCUAUAGAAUUGGCAACAGGAGCCAUAAAAGCUGGAAGCCACAAUGGUGGAAUCAUCAAAUCUGGGUAGGACGCUGAACAAUCCGCCGGUUCAGCCUCUGCCCACACAGUAUCCGUCUGGCAUGCGUUGCGGCACGCUGGAGACAAGGGUGCGCGGAGCCUGGUAUCGGGUGUUGGUAACAUUGGAAACUGACUACUUGGCCAUCAGUUUGGAUGAGACCUGUGAGAAUGCGGGCAAUGGUGGGGAUCAGUCAACGACACUGAAUGGAACCUUGGGAAGUAAUCACAGUGGCCACAAUGGUUCAAUACCUUCAUCGGCAUCCAUGCAGGGCAUGGUUGGAGGUGGUGGUGUCGGUGGCGGUGUUGUGGGUAGUGGUGGUGGCACCUCAACAAUAAAUUCCACAACAACUAGCAACGAAUUGGACGCAACGGACAAUGGUGAUCACAUGCUGAACAACAAUACGCUGGACAAUGGCAUGGAUAUGUGCGAUGUACCUGAUCAUGUGGCAAAUCAAAAGAGACAUGUUCGCAUAAUUAAGUCUGAAAACAAUGGUCUGGGUAUAUCCAUUAAAGGUGGGCGUGAAAAUCGCAUGCCCAUACUUAUAUCGAAAAUAUUUCGAGGCAUGGCUGCGGAUCAGGCCAAAGGCUUGUAUGUGGGAGAUGCUAUACUUUCGGUGAACGGCGAAGAGUUGCGAGAGGCCACACAUGACGAGGCGGUGAGGGCUUUGAAAAGAGCCGGUCGUGUGGUGGAUUUGGAAGUGAAAUUUUUACGAGAAGUUACCCCUUACUUUAGAAAAGCCAGCAUAAUAUCUGAGGUUGGCUGGGAAUUACAACGAGCCUUCCUUUGCCCCCUGGGACCAGGGGUAUCGGCCUCUCCACCUGCACCGAAAACAACACCCAGAGCUGAUACUCGCUACAUACCGCUGCAGUUAACGCACUUGGCACGGAAUUUAAAAUAUAUCGAUCCAGAAAAUCGCUGCUUGGAAUUACAUUCGCCGGAUGGCGUACAUUCGUGCAUAUUGCGCGCUGCCGAUUCGGCCGAGGCUUUGGUGUGGUUUAAUGCCCUGCACAGUGCCAUGAGCGGCUCAACCCAACGGGCUUUGGUGGAAGCCAAUCGAGCCUUAAUGAAUGUCAUCGGCGAACUGAAACAUAUUGGCUGGCUAAGCCGGCGCCUAAGUGGCAGCAGUGGGGCGAGCAAUGCAAGCGGUGGCCUAGGCGGGGGCAAUAAUGCCAUGACAGGUACCACAACAAGUGCUGGCAGCGGUGGUGAAGUGCCAAGUGGUCGUUCUAGUUCAGAAAGUUCUGAUGAAAAUGAUAAAUGGCAACCCAUAUUUGUGGCUGUAACCGAACGUGAGUUAAGGAUAUACGAAAGUGCACCAUGGUCGGUGGAAGCCUGGGGUCGACCUUUGGAAAGUUUUGCAUUGGCCACAACCAGAUUGGCAGGUGCCGGCAAUAAUUCUUCUUUGAAUGGACAACAAUCGACGGUGUUCUGCAUUAGAUGCGGCACAACACGUGGUGUUCUGGUCUAUUGGUUGCGUUCGGAGACCCAUCGUGAUAUGGCCGCCUGGGCCCGUGCCCUGGUUCAAGGCUCCCAUAAUGCGGUCAACUAUCAGCGUGAAUUCUCGUUCCGUUGCCUGUACCAGGGCAGGCAGUGUCAAUUGGUUGUGCAUCUGAAUCGUGGCUUUUGUCUGUACGAAUGCGGCUAUGCGGCACCGGCCCAAACGAAGACUCAACUGUGGCAAUUUCCCUUUGACAAGUUGCGCGGUUCGGCAGACGAUGGGAACCGGAUGUUAUUUUUGGAUUUCGGCGAUGAUGGUGAAAUUGAACUGGAUAUGGAGUGCUGCCCCAAGCCUGUGGUAUUUGUUCUGCACAACUGUCUGUCGGCCAAAGUACACAAUAUCGUGUAAACGAAUGAAACGAAUGCAAUAAAAUCUAAAUAAUAUCAUCAAGAAAAGGUAAAAUAGUUGAAAAUUCCAAGAAAAGAAAAUCCAAGAAACCCCCCAAAAACAGAAGAAAACCGAAACCAAAUUUUUUGUAAUUUCAUACUUAAACAAUAAAGAAAUUUCUGAUCAAAUGGAAAUUUAGAGGAAACCAAAAAUUAUAAACACAAAGACAUUGAAGAACAAUUUAGAAAUCAAUAAACAACACAAUUUAAUUAAAUAGAAAUUCAAUGUAAAAUUUCCUUUCUUCCCAACUUCCCUUCCCUGUCCCGACACACAUAUACUCCCACUCAAAGGUGAAAUAAUAUGCACCGGAGAAACAAUUAAUGGAGCUUCCUUUUCUUAAUAAGUAAUGAAUGAAAACAAGGAUGGAAAAAAAGUCAAACUCCUUCCCAAAAAACAUAUCGUUUAAAUGAAAUUGGAAAAUUGCAAUUUAAGUGUUUUCCAAUCACCUUUUCCCUGGAAUUCUAGAAUGCUAAUAAACCAUUUCAUUGAUCGCCUACACAUUUACAUGUGUGGGCACAUAUGUAUGUGAUUCCAUGUAACAUAAGUAUGUAUUACAAAUAUUGUUUACAUAAAUUCUGGGCACAUGUAAACAGUCGCCUGCACAUUCACAACGACACUCACACACUCCCUAUAUACAUACACACACACACACACACUCAAUUUAAUUAAUAUUUAUGGAAAAUAUUUGCAUAAUAUUUAAUUAAUUUUUAAUAUUUUUUUGUUGUGGUUGUUAUUAUUGUCCGAUUCGAUCUGUAAGUUUGUUGGUAUGUGUGUCUGUGUUGGGCUUGUGACAUUAGUUGGUCCACAUUCCCAUGGAGUUGUUGGCCAAAGUAGGAAAAGGCAAAUUUUAUGGCCAUAAAACAAACAGUAAAUCACAGCACCAAACAGGACAGAUAAACAAACAGACAGACAGACAGACAUGCCAGACAAAUAAUCUGUGCUGGUUGUAUUGCAACAACAACCACAACGACAACAUAAUCAGAAAAGAGAAUGGAAAAUUUCUAGCAAAUUUAAGCAUUGUAGGUGGACAUGUGAGGAAAAAAAAGCGAAGGUGUUCAAGGUUCAGGUUGUGGGGUUGUCUUGAAGUGGAUCAAAAUAUUUCAUAAAUUUCAGCUGAAAUGUGAUAUAAAUAUUUUUUGAUUUGGGAUUUGAAUCCAUUUUUGAUUGCACAAACUACUAAAAAGUGGGUCUAAUUUCUUCCAAGAAAAAAUAAUUCAUUUUGACUUCAACACAAAUGGCCUCUUCCAGAGCUGCAAGUAUGCAAACGUUUUUACUACGGUAACCGAUUUCCCUUUAUGAUUUCGAAGAACAUUGCAAAUUUAAUAGAUUCUUGCAGGACUAGACAGAGCAAAAAUUUCAAUUUCAAAUGUGGAUUUUCACAAUCCAUGCUGUGGAAUAAAUCAAUUUGAUUCACAAUCUUUAAGGGAACCCAUUGUUAUACCCUCCACCACAGUAUGGAGGAUAUAUUAAGUUUGUCAUUCCGUUUGUAACACCUCGAAAUAUACAUUUCAGACCCCACAAAGUAUAUAUAUUUUUGAUCAGCGUAAAAUUCUAUGUCGAUCUAGCUAUGUCCGUCCGUCUCUGGAAAUCACUCUAGCUUCCGAACGAAUUGAAGUAGGUUUAAAAAAUUUUGCUCAAAUGUAUGUUAUGUCUACAUGCAGGAUUUUUGGUAUUGAAUAUCCAAUAUUCGGUACUUUCAUGAUUUUAGCGAAAUUAUUUACCGGAAUUAUUUCAAAUUUAGUAUUUAAAGUUCGUAAUGGGUACUACAGCCUAUGGCAAAAAUUUGUGUAUGCAAGUCCACGUCUUCGUAUGGCCCCCAUAUACGGGUUCCUCCCGAUAUUCGGUAUUUUGACGAUUUUAGCGACAUUAUUUACCGGAAUUGUUUCAAAUUUGGUAGUUGAAGUUUGUAAUGGAUACUACAGCCCAAGACAGAAAAUUGUCUGUGCAGGUCCACGUCUUCGUAUAGCUCCCAUAUAACGGUACCUCCCGAUAGUCGGUAUCUUGACGUUUUCAGCAACAUUAUUCACCGGAAUCGUUUCAAAUUUCGUAUUAGAAGAUCUUAAUCAGUCCUGGCCGAACUUACAGCUUUUUUACUUGUUAUUCUUCUGUUUUGAUAGUCAUAUUACAAAAGAGCAUUGUUUCAAUUUCAAUUCAUAACACCCCUCAACCAUAUCUUCCAAUUCCAAUAUUUUCUAAAUUAAAAUUGAAUUGUUAUGAAGCUAUUCUGAUUCGCAAAAAAAAAAAAAAAAACAAAUGAAGGCCAUCUGUUUGUUAAUUCACUUCAAAGAGAUUUCUUUUGAUUGGAUCAUUGUUGUAUGCCCACACACAUACAUACAUACAAAUACACAUGCAUACAUAUCUAUGUCUUAUAAUUUUUCCAUGUCCUUUCAUCAUUACACGAAUUUCAACAUAUCCACAGAAAUUUACAAUACCUAUAUAAAUAUACAUAAAAAACAAAACAUUCAUAUAAUUAUAUAUACAUACUUAGAAGGAGAACAAUACUACAUACGAUACGAUACAUGCAAACAUAUAUAUUCGUACAUACAACACACAUACAUAUACUUGAUAUUAUUCUAAGUACUCUAUAUAUAUUCUCUCUCUCCCUCUGACAAAACAAAAAAAAAAAAGAAGAAAGCAAAAAACAUAUAUCAAAAGGAACAAAAGAAGAUGGAAAAUUCAAUACUUUUUUAUUCUACAAAAGAAAAAAAAAACAAGAAAAACAAGCCUCUUUCAAAUAUUUUAUAAUUAUACAAAACUUAACAAAUAAAAAAUCUAAAAUUAAAGGAAAAUAAUCUACUAUAGAAAUUUGCAAAAUAAAAAAAAAAUUAUUCAAACAUAUAUAUACACCUACAUAUGCUAUGACUUAUUUAAGUAAAAAAUGGAAAUUGAAAACAAAAAUAUCAAAUCACAUGUAUAAUUGUAGAUCACCUCUAAUUCAUCUAUACAUACAUAUAUAUAAGAAUCGAAUAUAGUUUAUUUGUUUUUCAUUUAGAAUAUUUAAAUCACAAUAUUUAUUAUUAUAGUUUGUCUAUUUUUUUUUCAAUCUCUAUUCUUAAGUAGUAGACUCGGGAAAUGUUUGAUUGGCGUCAAGGUAUUCGAAACCCACAUACAUUUGAAUAUUUCUAAAUGUUUUUCCAUUACUUUAGCCAAUGACCCCACAAAGGAAAAAAGAAUAUCAAACAUAUUUAGCAUAAUUCUCUUUUUAAUUUACCAAAAACCAAAAAGAAAACCAAAACUAAUGUGCAAUACAAAAGGACUAAGAAACCAGAAAAAUUCAAAAAAAUUGAACGAAAAAGAAAAUAUAAAGACAAUUUAAUGGAAAUCAAAACAAA